ACACACACACACACACACACACACACACACACACACACAGGAUCAACAACAUUUUCAUCUGAGAAAGUCUGCAGCCGGCUCUGACUUCAGGUAUAAAUGUGUGAAACCAGAUCAGAUCAGUGCAGGUGUGAUACUCUGACUUUGCACUAGAGGGCGCACAAGACCUACAAACACUCGUCCUGUCAUGACUUUGAGUGACAAACUAAAACGUUUCUGAGUCACUGGACUGAAGCUGCGGAGACGAACUGGAACAUUAUUUAAAACUUUUAGUAAUUAAACAAUAGAUUGAAGAGAAAAUGUACGAAUAAGAAAAGUUCACAGUGGAUUUCCUGCAGGAUUGUUACUGUGAAACAUCUGCAGAUCCAGUUGUUUAUAGAAACUGACUAAACUUAACUUCCUUAAAAAUCAACAUGUGUUUGCUGCUUGUUUUAUGAGCUGCCGAUCUACAACAGUUUCCUUUAGGUAAGUGCGUUAAAUCUAAAUAUAACAUCUAAACUUGAUGAUCCAACGCAGUUUGCAGCUCAGUGUUACUGGUUCUUCUCGGAUCAGAGCAGGUUUCACAGAUGACCCCCUUCCUCCUCCUCCUCCUCCUCUUCCUCACCCCCUCCCUCAUGUCCUCUUCCUCCUCCUCCUACUCUCGGGUCCUCUUCUGUCUCUCAGUCGGGGCUCGGCGUCUCCACCGGUCGCAUUUCACCGCGUCCUCCCCCGGCGCUCCGGAGCGGCUGUGUGCGCUUCAUGUGACGGAGGUGGACCUUUAAAAAAAAAACCUCUCCCCACACCUCCACCCUCAGCUGCGGAGGAUCUGGACGCUUUUCUCUCCUUUUUCGAGCCCGCUUUGAGGACUUUUUCCCCUCCCGCUCUGCUCUGCAUCUCUUUGGGGAUGCCUCCUGACUGGAGUCGCUCCGGGACGCACCCAAACCCGACAGGUGCCCCUCUUACCCACGACCGGAGACUUUUUGAAGGCUGUUUGCGCGCAAAGAUGAAGGAAAACUGAUCGUUUGCGGCGGUUUGAAGUCAAUAUUUUAAACUUUUAUCCUUUUUUAAAAUUCUUUGGACUGAUUAUGAGAAACCGGAGAUGGAUCGAUCAUUUCGGAUCACACAUCAGUUUGAUCUGACGGGUUAGACAGAACCACACGAUGCUGCUGCUUCCCUUCUCGAGGUUACUGUGUUUGUGGCUCUGCAGCGAGGCCGUCGCGAGUCAGUUCCACUGGAAAACAAAGACGACUUUCAGCCCUCAUUAUGAAUCCACCGCCGCUGAUAGGAAUGUGCAGAGCCGGAGAUGGCGCACAGUCACCGGGGAGGACAAUGGGAGGACGCAGGCGCAGGCGCAGGCCUCUUGGCUGGAUACUGUAAACCCGUCGCCCCCUGAGCGGCUGGGGACUCCGGCACCCCGACGCACUGUGCGUAAAAACGAUGCGCAAAAUGGAGCGCGGCGCAUCCGACUUGUACCCGGAGACGAGGCUUUACGCACGGAUGUUAACAAGGCUGGAGAGGCGCGGAGGGGUGGAUGCCGUCCGGGUGAAGUGUUUACACAAACCCCGCAUGGACGCACCUGUAGCCUCGGGAGGAGCGGACACCACCGGCGGCAGAGACGGAGAGCAAAACCGGGCCGGAAGAAGCGGAGCGAGCCGCUGCAGGACGGAACCGCGUGGGAAGAUCUGCCCGCCGCCAUGGCGCAGGAACAAGAGGCCGAACCUCCGUUCGGACUCAACACCAGUGACUACGAGGAGGAGUAUUCCGUGCCGGACUACCCCGACACCACGCCGCUCGUGCCGGUGAACACGCGGACCAGACGGAAGCAGGUGAAGAACCCGUUCUAUCCGGUCACCGCGGAGUCGUACGGCGCGUACGCGGUCAUGAUCAUCGCCGCCCUCAUCUUCAGCGUCGGGAUCAUCGGGAACGUGUCGGUCAUGUGCAUCGUGUGUCACAACUACUACAUGAGGAGCAUCUCCAACUCGCUGCUGGCCAACCUCGCGCUCUGGGAUUUCGUCAUCAUCUUCUUCUGCCUGCCGCUCGUGGUGUUUCACGAGCUCACCAAGAACUGGCUGCUGGGGGAGUUCUCGUGCCGGAUCAUCCCGUACCUGGAGGUGGCGUCUCUCGGGGUCACGACCUUCACUCUGUGCGCUCUGUGCAUCGAUCGUUUCCGUGCCGCCACCAACGUGCAGAUGUACUACGAGAUGAUCGAGAACUGGGCGUCCACCACGGCCAAGCUCGCCGUCAUCUGGGUGGGCGCUCUGCUGCUGGCGCUGCCCGAGCUGCUGAUCCGACAGCUGGUCACUGAGGACGGCGACCCGCCCGACGUGACGCCAUGCGAGCGCUGUGUGGUCCGGAUCUCCACUGACCUCCCGGACACGCUGUAUGUCCUGGGACUCACCUACGAUGGCGCCCGUCUCUGGUGGUACUUCGGCUGCUACUUCUGCCUGCCAACGCUGUUCACUAUUUGCAGCUCACUGGUCACGGCCCGCAAGAUCCGGCACGCGGAGCGGACCUGUGUGCGCAGCAGCAAGAAGCAGAUCCAGCUGGAGAGCCAGAUGAACUGCACCGUGGUGGCGUUGGCCAUCCUGUACGGCUUCUGCAUCAUUCCAGAGAACAUCUGCAACAUCAUCAGCGUGUACAUGGCAGCCGGCGUUCCCAGGAGAACCCUGGACAUCCUGCACCUGGUCAGCCAGCUGCUGCUGUUCUGUAAGUCUGCGGUGACGCCGGUGCUUCUGUUCUGUCUGUGCCAGCCGUUCACCAGAGCCUUCCUGGACUGUUGCUGCUGCUGCUGCGACGAGUGCGGCCCGCCCCGCUCCCCUGCCACCGCCGCCAGCGAUGGCGACGAGUGCACCACCACCGAGCUGGAGCUGUCGCCGUUCGGCACCAUCCGCAGGGAGGCGUCCACCUCCGCCGCCUACACGUCUGUUGGGACGCACUGCUGAGGUCAAAGGUCAAAGAUCAACAGUGUUGGCGGAGUUUCUUCCGGGUCGUUUGAUCGAUGGACGCGUUGACAUAUCAGGCUGUAACUUCCUGAGUUGGAAUCGAUUCCAAACUGUUGAACACGUUUGUGUUGACUGACUAUCUGAAGACGUCAGUUUGUCCGUUCACCGUUUACAGAAUUUAUAAAUACGAGAACACAGUCGAUCUUAGUUAAUAGCAUUUAUACGUUUAGUUCUUUUUAAAUUAACUCACCAGUAUUUUUACUGAUCGUGCACUCAGUCUUACUUUUCAUUCAUCAUCAAUGUAUUUCACAGAAGCUGAGAGCCGACAUGGACCCUGAACUUCUCCUGAUCAUGACUUGGUCCAACUAUAUAAGUAAUAUAAAAGAAUUUGGUUCAACAUCUUGACUAAGUGUUAGUUAAAGUGAAGACCCUGAAAAUGUUACCUGAAAUUGGCAUAAACACAGUAAUCACCAACCACGGCUGCUGUCAGCUCCGGUAGGUUCAUUUUUUUUGGAUGUUUUCUUUCAUUGUUUGAGUGAGUUAAUGGGAUGUACAGUAAUAUAUUUGAAAAUGGCUGUUGAUGCUGUUGUUGCUGUGUUUGCUGCAGAUGUUCUGGUGAAUCAGUUCCAGCUGUGUGAGUGAGUGUGUUUCUCUUCAUUGUGUGUUUGAUAGCAGACAAACUGCACACCGCUCAGUACACAAAUGUAACGACAGAGUUAUUGUUGUUUUGUUUUUGUUUUUGUUUUUUUAGCCACAAGAGAGAUGUCACUUUAAUUAAAAAGUAUUUUAAAAUAAUCUUUCGAACCUAUUUUGCAUCUAGAUUGAUGAUUUGUUGGUUCAGUGGCAGCUCUGCAUGGCCUCACAUGCUGGAAAAGCACUUAAAGCUCAAUUUUUUUAC